AUGAGUCAUUACACGUGUGUGGAGGUGAUCUUCACGCUGCGCCGCCAGGUGGGCUUCUACCUGAUGGGUGUGUAUGCUCCCACCCUGCUCACAGUGGUCCUGUCCUGGCUCUCCUUCUGGAUCAACCCGGAUGCUUCGGCUGCAAGAGUGCCCCUGGGGAUCCUGUCAGUGCUGUCUCUGUCCAGUGAGAGCAUGACGCUGGCCUCACAGUUGCCCAAAGUGUCGUACGUGAAGGCCAUGGACAUAUGGCUCAUCACCUGCCUCUUGUUCGGCUUCCUGUCCCUGGUUGAGUUUGCUGUGGUGCAGGUCAUGCUGAACAGUCCCAAGCUAAUUGAAGAGGAGAAGGCCAAAAUGGCGACCAGAGAAAAGGCACUGAGAGAAAAAGAGAAAGAGGGCAAAAAGAACAACAAGAACACAGUGAACGGGACAGGAGGAACCCCAAUCCACGUCAACACUCUGCAGGUGGCAGAAAAGCCCUGUAAAAAAGUCUGCACCUCUAAGUCAGACCUCCGCUCCAACGACUUCAGCAUCGUGGGCUCUUUACCGCGGGACUUUGAACUGUCGAACUUUGACUGUUACGGUAAACCCAUCGAGGUGGCAGGAGGGCUCAAGUCGCAGAAAAAAGCCAACAAGAAGCCACCUCCGCCCAAACCGGUCAUCCCCGCAGCUGCAAAACGCAUCGACCUCUAUGCACGCGCGCUCUUCCCCUUCUCCUUUCUCUUCUUCAACGUGGUCUACUGGUCCUGCUAUCUAUGA